CACAUGACUGGAAAUGACGUUUAUGGGGGCGGUCUCCGGUAAUAAGUCAUUUAAAAGUUUAUAAGUAUAAAAUAUGGAGGUUGCAAUGGAGGGAAACGAAAAGAGUGCCUCCGGUCUUGUGAUGCAUACCGGUGGAUGCCAUUGCGGUGCGGUCCGUUUCCAGGUAUUAACUUCCCCGGAUCUUCUCGUCUUCAGUUGCAACUGCAGCAUUUGCACCAAGAAACAAAAUCAUCAUUUCAUUGUGCCAAGCUCUCACUUCACUCUUCUACAGGGCUUGGAAAAUCUAACCACUUAUACCUUUAAUACUAACACUGCGAAGCAUACCUUCUGCAAGACAUGUGGAGUUCAGAGCUUCUACACCCCACGAUCUAAUCCUGAUGGAUAUGGUGUGGCACCCCAUUGCCUGGACAAAGGCACAGUGCGCAGCAUCACCGUGGAGAACUUUUGUGGAGUGAAAUGGGAGGAGAGCAUGCAGAAUCAUAAGACCAUCAGAAACAUGUCCAAGCCUCUACCUGAAUGAACCUUCUUCAAAAGAUCUUAGGCUCAUCAGCUGAAUAGUCAAAUGGGUCUUUUAUUAUGAACAGGUGUCCUUGUAUGCACUGUGGCAAUGUUGCUUCUGGAGUUCUGGAGAGUCUCUCGGUGUUCAUGAGAGCUGCUUCUGUUAUUCCGGAUCACAUCAAUGAUUGGGGCAGGGUGUGGCUCAAGGGGGUUGGCAGAGUUUUAUGUUUUAUUUAUAUAUAUAUAUAUAUAUAUAUAUAUAUAUAUAUAUAUAUAUAUAUAUAUGAGAGAGGCAGCUAGCAUGAAUAUUUGACAAUAAAUAUUUUGGUAAUUUAUGGUACUACCUUAGGGUAGACAUUCAUCAUUUAGGUUUUAUGUUCACAAUGACACGUGAUCUGUGAGCCUCAUCAACCUUUACCGAAACCAAGCCCCCCCACCAGUGCUUUAUUGAACCUCUGUGUAAUUACAGCUUGUACAUAAAUAGCAUUGUAAUUGUAUGGGGGUGUAACAGUGUCAUAUGAUUCGGUAUGUUUAUAUAUAGACAAAGUCAUUAAAUUUAUCUGAUGAAUCUCUUAA